AUGGUUUUAAUAAUCAAAGAUUAUGCUUGGAUGCCACGCGAAAAACCCCCAUUAAAAACCCUCCAUUUCUCUUCAUACAUCACAAUCAAGCACAACAAAGGAACAAGGCAAAUGGGGGACAAGAGGAUGAAGAAGAGAGAGAAAAAAUCAUCCCCGAGAAAGGCAGCCCCCGGCGGCCGCCGGGACGUCAAGCCGGAAUCCGAACAUCCGAUCCUCCCAAUCACCGUUCGUGAAAAAGACAGGCGACGGCGGGAGAUUAUACGUGUCAACAAAUCGGGAUCGGGCGUGGUCACCAAGUCAUGGGUAGUCCCAUCUUCCUCCUCUUGCAACCUUAAUCAGCCGCCGCGUAAACAUUCGUGGCCUCAGCUUGCCCUAAUCGACAUCCCUCCCGAAAUCCGAACAACCAACGUUCCCGGAAAAUACAGCCUCAAGGGUUUUUUCCAUCGACGCCAAGCGAAAUUGUAUUCUAGCGAUAAAUUUCUCUGGGGCCGGUACUAUUACAAUCUCUGGUCCCCGGACUACAGUCUGCGCAGUGACAGCAGUGUCCACUUCAGACGCUGCCUGAGCUCCGGCGGCGCCCAAUUUGUUAUAACCGGCCUUACUUCACCGGCUUUCGCAUUCCCUAAAGUAGUCGAGGAAUAUUGGGUCGACAAAUUCAGAUAUCACAGGCGUUGGGUGUCGAUAAUGAAGAACUGCACGGUUAUCGAGCCUUUCUCAACAACCGAUCAUCAAUACAUGGAGUUCACAAACCUUACCGGGCACCAAGGGAAAAUCUACGCCAUUAGCCGGCAGGGCAGCCUCGCGGUUAUCGAGUACAGUGAAAGUUCAACGGAUUACGAAAUUACCCGUUUGGGGAAAAACCGAGCUGUCCCUAGUAAGGCAUGCCGGCACUUUAGGGAGCAUUUGUUCGAGUACAAAGGUGGAAUCUUUUUGGUGUUUUUGCUGUCUAGGGCUUCGGUGGAUGUGGUGGAUGACGUGGAGGUUUUCGGGCUGGACGAGUCGAGUCUGUGUUGGAAGAAAGUCGAGAAGCUUCCGGAUGAUACUGUGUUUUUCGUGGAGGACAAGUGUUGCUUGGGGGUCUCGGCGAGUUUAUUUGGGUGCAAAAGUGGGGAAAACUGCGUGUACUUCACGUACGAGAGGGCCGAAAAUUGGUUUUGUUUCAACAUGAAAACGAGCCGCAUUUCGGCUACAGAGGAACCGGCAAAUGGGGGACAAAAAGAUGAAGAAGAAAGAGAAAAAAUCAUCCCCGAAAAAGGCUGCCGCCGUGACGUCAAGCCAGAAUCCGAAUGGCCGAGCCUCCCAAUCACCGUCGGUGAAAAAGACUGGUUACGUGUCAACAAAUCGGGAUCCGGCGUGGUCACCAAGUCAUGGGUAGUCCAAUCUUCCUCCUCUUGCAACCUUAAUCAGCCGCCGCGUAAGCAUUCGUGGCCUCAGCUUGCCCUAAUCGACAUCCCCCCCGAAAUCCAAACAACCGACGUUCCCGGAAAAUACAGCCUCAAGGGUUUUUUCCAUCGACGCCAAGCGAAAUGGUAUUCUAGCGAUAAAUUUCUCUUGGGCUGGGACUUUUUCAAUCGCUGGUCCCUGGACUACAGUCUGCGUAGUGACAGCAGUGUCCACUUCAGAUGCUGCCUGAACUCCGGCGGGACCCAAUUCGUCAUAACCGGCCUUACUUCACCGGCUUUCGCAUUCUGUAGCAAAGUCGAAAGACAAUACCUCAGCGACGGCCGCAUUGGCACGCACUAUGAGUGGGUAAUGAAAAACUGCAAGAUUGUCGAGCCUUGCUCGACAACUGGUCAUCAGUACAUGGAGUUCACGAACCUCAUCGGGCUCGGAGGGAAAUUCUACGCCAUUAGCCGGCAGGGCAGCCUCGUGGUUAUCGAGGAUAAGGAUGGUUUCAGGAAUUACGAAAUUACCCUUUUAGGAAAAAACCGAGCUGUCCCAAGUAAGCCAUGCCGGCACUUUAGGGAGCAUUUGUUCGAGUACAAAGGCGGAAUCUUUUUGGUGUUUUUGCUGUCGAGGGCUUCGGUGAAUGUGGUGGAUGACGUGGAGGUUUUCGGGCUAGAUGAGUCGAGUCUGUGUUGGAAGAAAGUCGAGAAGCUUCCGGAUGAUACGGUGUUUUUCGUGGAGGACAAGUGUUGCUUGGGGGGCUCGGCGAGUUUACUUGGCUGUAAAAGGGGGAACAACUGCGUGCACUUC